AAAUUGUCAGAUGCAGAUCCAUCAACGAUGAGUCGCUGUCUGUCAUAGGAGGUGGAUUGAUAUCACUUUCUAUCACCAUGAAGACAAAUCUUGUUCUCCCUUUAUUGGGAGUACUACUGACUACAUGUUUAAGUGCUCAAGCUGAAUGUCCACCAUUCUACGGAGAAGUUCGACCACCAGGUUGGACCCCACCCCACAAAAGUCCAGUUCCUGUUGGAACUCAAGUAGAACAUCACUGUGCCAUCCACACCUGCAAUGAAAAUAAUUUGUGGUCUAGUCGUGGGUGCGGAGUUUACUCCUGCAGGGAUCAAAUUGGAUACAAAGACUAUGAUUACACCAAAGCUUUUCCUCUCUGCUGCCCAAGGCCCAUUUGCCAGUCAGAUCUCCAGUGAAAUGGACACCACUAUUUUUCAAUUAAAACAUUUACCACAUGAUUUACCCGGACCAAUAAAAAAACUGCGCUGACAUUUAAUAAUUGGCCACAGUACUGGCUUUGAAGAAAAAUCCCUUGACAUUCUCAUAAAAACAAUACAAGAGCAGUAGAUAAAAAUAUAUUGUUUCAUGUAUUAAUUGAACAGUUAAAAAUUGUGUAACAAAAAAUA